UGUGAACUCUCAACCCGGUGGUCGGGAAAUGUCAAAGAGAGGCCCGUGCUGCAGCAGGGGGCGUAAAGGGAAAAAAAACAACAACAGUUUAUUGCUUUAUUUUCACGUAAUUUAUUUUCCUUUCUUAUUAAGCAAGUGUCAUAUCCAAUAGCAUCAGAAACCGACUCCUAUCUGACCAACUCUCGCAGCCGCCGUUGACAACAAUUUGCAGCCUUGAUCGUUCCCGAUUCGUAUAGCCAGCCUAACAAUCCUUGCCAAACAUGAGGGAGAAAAUAGUGCUCCUGUUGAAGAUUACCAUCAAACCUAUUAGCUCUCUCUCAACCAUGACACCCAGCAGAGGACUCUGGGAUUGAUGCUGGGAUCACUCCCACUGAUGGCCUGGACUGGGUUUCAGCUGUCCUGCUGAAGCUAUGGGGAGCUGUUGGAGCUGUCUAUACAGAGACCCCAUCCAAGACAACCAUCUCACCAAAUUCAAGGUAACCAAUGUGGAUGACGAGGGGAAUGAGUUGGGCUCUGGGACCAUGGAGCUCACCGAGACCGAGCUCAUCCUGCACACGCGCAAGAGGGACGCCAUCCGGUGGCCCUACCUGUGUCUGCGGCGCUACGGCUACGACUCCAACCUCUUCUCGUUCGAGAGUGGCCGGCGCUGCCAGACUGGACAGGGAAUCUUUGCGUUUAAAUGUUCUCGCGCGGAGGAGAUCUUCAACCUCCUCCAGGAGCUGAUGCAGUGCAACAGUAUCAAUGUGGUGGAGGAGCCUAUGAUCAUGACCGGCAGCGGACACGCACGAGAGAUCGACAUGCCUCGCACCCCACAGACACCCAACACUCCAGCAUUUCCUGUCCAGGGUUUUCCCAACGGGUACCCGGGGUAUCCCAUGAGAGCUGAAUCCUCCCAGCCCUCUCUAACUGACGACCCCCACGGCCACAGCCACAUGGGCCUGGAGGACCAGGCUCACACCUAUGUGAAUACUGUUACUGUGGAUGGGGAACUCUCCAGUCGACACUGUGUACACUCCCUACCCGAGGUGCGGCCCACUUCCUUCCCCGAGUCAACCCGGGGAGCCAUGCCUGUCGUGGGCCAAGGAGGUGGGCAGACCAGCAUGCACUGUUGUCCCCUCGAGGAACAACGCAAGGAACCCCAGGUAUUCCUUCAGCCUUCCUCUCAGGAGGUCAAAUUCAUGCUGGGACCCACCCCUGCACAGCGCCACCUGCUGGAGAGAGAGAGGGAGAGGCACGGGGGCCACAAUCCACACGCCAUGCGGCCUGUAGAGGGUGCCACAGGUUCAGAGACAGAGGGGGACGAGCCUCCUCUGCACGUGUACAACUCCCACUCCUAUCACCACCCUCACUACCACCACGUGAUGCACCGGCACCCUGGCCACGAACACCAGGAGGGCUGCCAGCUCACCUACGAGAAUAUCAACGGCCUGAGGGGGGGCCGCCGGCUGAGACUUAGCCCCAGCAGCAUGUCCCAGUCUGUCGGCUCCAGCAGCAGCAGUAGCACCACCGGAGACAGUCACUCUCACCCACAAUCACACCCCCUCAACCCGCACCCCCAUGGCCCAUCUUCUCUGCCCCCCCAGGGGUACCCCUGUGAGCGGGGCGCGGGGAUGGGCGGUGGUCACCGGCGGACAGCUCUGCUCAACUACGAGAACCUGCCGUCGCUGCCCCCGGUGUGGGAGUACCGUGCCCUGCAGAGAGACGAGGAGCAGGACGAGGAUGACGAGGAGCAGGAUGAGGAGGAGUACGAGGAAGAGGAGGAGGACUUUGACGAGUACGAGUUUUCGGAAGGUCCAGGGACGCCCAACGGGUACCACCAGGAAGGGCUGGGGAGGGGGGGGAUCCACCGUGACGCCCUGCAGAACUAUGUCAACACAGAGCAGGUCCAGGUUCAGGUCCAGCCCAGUCGGCUGCGACAUGCCUGCCCCCCUCAACCCCAGCACCUCCAGCCCUGCCACCGCCAGCCGGACCGGGGCGGCCGAAUAUUCAGCUUUGAUUUCCGUAGGCGGCCUGGAGGAGGGUUUGGUCGGGGGGAGGGCUGCGAGCACGGUCACAUGGCCCCGUCGAGGCAGCUCAACUACAUCCAGGUGGACCUCGAUGCGGAGCCGCCGUGCCAGGCCCUCGGGGGGGGUGGAGGAGGGGGAGCCCAGUCUCAGCCACAGCCACAGCACCAGCGCCUGCCACCCCUCAAAUGUGGCCCCCAGCAGGCCCCACGACGCAGUGAGUUCUACGCUGUGAUUGACCUGAAGAAGACAGCAGCCAUGUCCAACCUGCAGAAAGCCCUCCCCCGGGACGAUGGGACAUCGAGAAAGACUCGCCACAACAGCACAGACCUGCCUCUGUAGAUGCAGUGAGGAGGAGGAGAGACGGAGAAAGAUGAAGGGAGGGAGUAGAGAGAGAGAGAAACAGGUUUGGGUGGAGCGCUUGGCUUGACAGACAGGUUAUAGGAAACUCAGCGGCACACUGGACCCCUCACUCUCAUCCAGCCACCUGCCUGUCCUGUCCUGUCCUGUCCUGGCCAGCUGGAUCAUAUACAGGUACCUAAUUAGAUAACGAACUAAAACCUAUCUGUGCAUAUUCCACUUUAUGGAGCAAGAUUGGUUUGAAGUUGCCAUAUUAUUGUUGGUCACCUUCUGACUGUGGUGAGAUGCUAUCUGAGUUAGCAGCAGAAACCUUGGUCGUGGUUGGCUGGGUUUAUGGUUAAACCCUUAAGCUACCAUUGUUUUUGGUUAUACCUUUUGGCAAUGUUCUUUUUUUUUUUUUUUAGCUUUGUGGUGGUUGCGUUGAGUGCCAAGGCCCCGGGUUUGGUUCAGGGUGGGAGCAGGAAUGGACGAAUCAGGUCUCCAACUUUGUGUUUGACCAGUGAUGGUUGAUUUUAGAUGUAAGAGUAUUGCCCACCAUAAAGUAGCUAGGUUCCUCAUUCCGUUCUCAUUCAGUGUUGUUGUUUUAUUUAUUUGACGUCCCCGUUUACGAACAUGGGCUGCUAUCGAGUUCAGGAUUACUAGUCUACAUUGUAAAAUUGACUGAACAUUUUCUGACAUGAAAACAGUUUGUUAUUCCAUCAAUUGAAUUAUAAUAAUGUGCAUUCUUCACCUCACAAGCACUUCUUUUGACCCUGUGACUGAUAGAAAGGACAGUUGAUGAUAUUUAUUUAUAACUAUCUGCCCUCAGGAAUUAGUACAGAUCAGUACAGUUUGCACAUUAUCCUUUGGAAUUGUAAUCUUACAUCCUAUCCAGUAUUAUAUUUUUAGUCUAAAAAAAAGACCCCAAAGCAGAAAGAAAUGUUGAAAAGAUUUUCUCUCUUAAUCCAAGAUUAAAUAUCAUACAUUUUUCAUGUUGAAAUUGAAUCUAAAAUGGAAAUAAUAGUAACCUUGAUAGCAUGAUACAGUCAGUGUGUUGAUAGAUUUUCAACAUCCGCACGCACACACACACACGCACGCACGCACGCACGCACGCACGCACACACACACACACACGCACACACACACACGCACGCGCACGACAUAACUACUGAGACGAUUGAAUUCAUCUCUGACUCCAUAUCAUUCCACUUGAAUAGGAAUCCAUAUCUAAUUCCUAAACUAUGGUUACCUUUGCACUUUUUACCUUUGAAGUCCCCACAGUUCCGAAUCCCUCGUCUGGAGCAACAGAAAGGUUGUGAUCUGACAAACUCCUUCGAGAUGGUGAUGUCAUCACACAGACCCAACUAUUGUAUGGAUGUAGUUUUUUUUGUUGCAACAUUAUAGAGACCUAUAGCAACUUACAUUUUUUUAGGGAAGAAGUUGAUAACCUGUGAUAAUGGCUUAAAAUAUUAAUAAUAACCUCAUAUAAAAAUUACCGGUUGACUAUUUUAGUAAGUAUCAGAUUGAUAACUGAGGGUUAUCAACUGAGGGUCUGUUUUAAAGGGGAAUAUAUCAGUAUGUUUAAUGUUAACUGUUUAUGGAAAGUCUUAUAUCAAUGAGAGUUUGGCUGAGGAUAUUAUUUAUUUAUUCAUUCAUUGAGAUGUCUAUAUGGUGAUCGUUUUGCAUAAAAAUGUGACAAACAGUUUUUCGUAAUCUAGCCAGUUGGUGAUUUGGAGACCAAAGUAUCACCAGUCAUCGUCACACUGUCUGGGACACCAUUGUAAUACCAUUGUUAUGCCUGUAAUUAAUAACAUUACAUUCUGAAGAAGAAAGACUGUAUUAAUAUAUUAAAGUGCCAAAUCUUUACUGUUACCUGUAUGAACAUUAUGAAUCAAAUCAAUGUGCCAUUAGGAUGUGUAAUAGAAAACCUGAGGGCUAAGAGGCAAAGAGUUAGCCUACAUGUCAAAAACAAAGGAAAGACUUUGGAGGUCUAGGGCCGUAUGUAUCAAGAGUAGGAGUGCUGAUCUAGGAUCAGGUCUCCCCUGUCCAUGUAAUCGUAUUCAUUAUGAUCGAAAAGGCAAAUACAUUCCUCUCUGAGACUCUUGAUACACACUGAACAGGGUCUGGGUUUAUAUAUUGUUAACCCUUUGUACUCCUCCUCAUGAAUCUGUCUAGCUGAUCCAGGUCAACUGGACAAGAAAGGGCAAGAAAGACACAUUUCACCUCAUAGGCUAGGCUAUACAUUGACAGCCAUAUCGGAGUGAGACAACGGAUUCGUUAUAUCGAUCUAGUCUUCACAACUCCAGUGGUUUUAUGCUGCUAUAAGGUAGACGUUCAGAGAGUAAGAGGAGUUGGGAUGGUAGUGGCUAUGCAGGAUUGUUUACCAUAUUGUUUAGUAAAUGGAACUACCAUUUUCGUAUUCACUCAAGAUCACUGCAUCAGGGCUACCAGUAUGAACAGGUGUUUUUAAUUCAAAUAAGUUUUAAUUUCUCAUUUCUAUUUCUUAUUUCUCUUGGAUUGGUGUGAUCAAUCCACAUGCCAAACCUUGUUUUCAUUCCAAUCUGGCUGUCUAAUCUGAAGUGAAGUGGCUGAAGGUGCAGCACAGGCCUAGCAACUGUAAUCCUCAUAACUGCUUAUUUCAUCUGAUGGAAAGAUAUACGUCGGGUCUACUCACUGUUUGUGGACAUUUUUCAGACAGGGAUAUAUCCGUUUGCACACAUAUAUAUUUUCGUGAUACAUUUAAAGGGUGUUUACAUUUCGCAAUAAUGGUUUAAAAGAGAUGUAUUGUUGGAGAUGAGGUUUAUUCAGACCAAUGUGUUCGAGGUGCGUUGUUAAUGGUUCCACAGGUCUGUUGUAUUUGAUCCCCUGUUUUUAUGUGAAUCAGCAUUGGAACUAAGACCUCUCUCAGGCCCCCUGUUGACAAUAUUAUAACUUUGUUAUUGUAUACAUGCUUAGAUUAGAACGUGAAAAAAAUGUAUGUUUCUGUUUUCUUGAUUGUCUUAUACAGCAGAUUUGCGCUUACUCAACACCUGACUUAAUUGUGCCAUAAGUGACUGUUGCCAAGCUUUCUGGACGACGUGUGGCUUUCGAAUGUCGAAGCCUUUUAAAGGACCAGGUUAGGUGUCAGAAGGCAUACGGCAGACAUCUCUGUGUACUGUGUUUGCACUGAUACAGGGGUUCGGACGGUUUCUAACGGUUUGACAGUUUGUAUAUUCAUUAGUCAGUCAUUGUUAUCAAUUUGGUGACACUUCAUUGUAAAGGUACACAGGAAUAGUACAUUAAAAUGUGUUCCUUACACUAAAGUGUAAGAAAUAUUGUCCAGAAAUGACUUUUUGGGAAUCAUAUCUUGUCAUAUCAAUGUUGCCACUUUGAUUUACCUUGAAAAGCGGGAAAAGAUUAACAAUGAAGGAUUGUCCGGUAACACAUGACUUAUGUUUAAAUAAUAAACCACUUAAUUGAGGCCUAAUGUAUAGCUAAUAAGAUACAAUAAAGGCCUUAUGAGCUACGUAUAUACACACUUAUAAACUACAAACUAGUGGCUAAUAUGUGUACCUUAAAAUAAAGUUUGACCAGAAUUGAAUUCAAACAACAGUUUUUUGCUCUCUUAUGUAAUUUCAUCACAACUGUCUGACCACCACAAGGUGGCGUUUCUUGAUACAAUGCUUGGGAUGAUGAGAAAAUAAGUAAUUUUCCUUCCACCGCCCCUCAAAAUGCCACUCUAGGUCCAAAAUGCACUUAGUUCCAUAAUAUUACCAAGGUACAAACAAAGUAGCUCAAAAUCUAAGGAAUGUUACAGUGAUUUGGUACUGUAUUUCAAAAUGUUUUUGUUUGUUCAUUUGUUUAUUUAUUUACCAUUGAAUGCAUGUGUGAUAUCCACUGGUGGGUGACGAUGAUGCAGACAGGGGUCCGUUAUUUUCAUUCAAUCACAUGCUGAGCAAAUGCUCUUCUAGUCCAAUAAGACUAGAGCAAUUGAAACCUGUUGAACCUGUAUGUUAAUGGUGAUAAUAAUAUGUGUUGAUUGGUUGAUAUAAAGGUUGGGUAGGCCAAACUAAAUGACUGUGAUGUACACUAAUAUUUGAAUUGAGUGCCAAAUGUGGUUUAGUACUAUGACUUUGACUACAGGCCAGGGACACACCUGGCUGAGAUUCACCAGGAACUCUAUAGGACUCUCCCUGAGAGACGCCAAUGACUCUCUCACCCUCUGUUCUUGGUUUUACCUGCGGUAUGAAUGUAAUAAGCAAAGAGAGACUGUAUAGAUGAAGGGCAACUAUACUUAAUGUUUCUAUCCUUGCUGAAAGAAAAAAAGGUGAGUGGUCAGAAGUUUUGUCUAAAUUUAAAAAUUUGCAAUAUGAGUUUCUUCUUCGUAUAUUUGUAUUUCUUGUAAGUAUGUAUCUCUGUAUGUACAUAUAUAUAUAUAUAUAUAUAUAUAUAUAUAUAUAUAUAUAUAUAUAUAUAUAUACAGUACCAGUAAAAAGUUUGUACACACCUACUCAUUCAAGGGUUUUUCUUUUUUUUUCUGUUUUCUACAUUGUAGAGUAAUAGUGAAGACAUCAAGACUAUGUAAUAGUAUCCAAAAAAAAGUGUUAAACAAAUCAAAAUAUAUUCUUCAACGUAGACACUUUUUGUCUUGAUGACAGUUUUGCACACACUUGGCAUUCUCUCAACCAGCUUCAUGAGGUAGUCACCUGGAAUUCAUUUCAAUUAACAGAUGUGUCUUGUUAAAAGUUCAUUUGUGGAAUUUCUUUCCUUCUUAAUGUGAGCCAGUCAGUUGUAUUGUGACAAGGUAGGGUGAUAUACAGAAUAUAGCCCUAUUUGGUCAAAUACCCAGUCCAUAUUAUGGCAAGAACAGCUCAAAUUGCAAAGAGAAACGACAGUCCAUCAUUACUUUAAGACAUGAAGGUCAGUCAAUCUGGAAAAUCUCAAGAACUGUUAAAGUUUCUUCAAGUGCAGUUGCAAAAACCAUCAAGCGCUAUGAUGAAACUGCCUCUCAUAUGGACCGCCACAGGAAAGGAAGACCCAGAGUUAUCUCUGCUUCAGAUAAUGAGUUUUUUAGAAUUACCAGCCUCAGAAAUUCCAUCCCAAAUAAAUGCUUCACAGAGUUCAAGUAACAGACACAUUUCAACAUCGACUGUUCAGAGGAUAUUGCGCGAUCAAAUUGCUGUAAAGAAAACCAAUAAUAAGAAGAGAGUUGCUUGGGCCAAGAAUCAUGAGCAAUGAAAACUGUCCUUUUGUCUGAUAAGUACAAAUUUGAGACUUUUCGUUCCAAGCGCUGUGUCUUUGUGAGAGUAGGUGAAUGGAUGAUCUCCGCAUGUGUCGUUCCCACCGUGAAGCUUGGAGGAGGAGGUGUGAUGGUGUGGGGGUGCUUUGCUGGUGACACUGUCAGUGAUUUAUUUAGAAGUCAAGGCACACUUAACGAGCAUGGCUACCACAGCAUUCUGCAGCGAUACACAAUUCCAUCUGGUUUGCGCUUAUAGGGACUAUCAUUUGUUUUUCAACAGGGCAAUGACCCAACACACCUCCAGGCUGUGUAAUGGCUAUUUGACAAAGAAGGAGAUUGAUGGAGUGCUGCAUCAGAUGAUCUGGCCUCCACAAUCACCCGACCUCAACCCAAUUGAGAUGUUUUGGGAUGAGUUAGACCGCAGAGUGAAGGAAAAGCAGCCAACAUGUGCUCAGCAUAUGUGGGAACUCCUUUAAGACUAUUGGAAAAGCAUUCUAGGUGAAACUGGUUGAGAGCAUGCCAAGAGUGUGCAAAGCUAUCAUCAAGGCAAAUGGUGGCUACUUUGAAGUAUAUAAAAUAUAUAUAUAUAUAUUGAUUUGUUUAACACUUUUUUGGUUACUACAUGAUUCCAUAUGUGUUAUUUCAUAGUUUUGAUGUCUUCACUAUUAUUCUACAAUGUAGAAAAUAAUAAAAAUUAAGAAGAACUCUUGAAUGAGUAGAUGUGUCCAAAUAUAUAAAUAUGAGUAUGACGCAGUGAAGGUCUUCUCUUAUCUUCAUUGGAGUUACUGUAAUUAAGCUAUUUUUGCUACAUCUAUUGAAAUGUGGAAAGAUGAAACUCAUAGCAUCUCAUUAUAUUUGUGGGAUAAAAAACAUUCUAUAUACCACCAUGCUGAAACAAGAUGUCCAGCAUAAUACAGGAUGUUGUCUGCACCCCUCGCUGUCCCUGUCCCACCCAUGUCCCAAUACAAAACUAAACAGGAAUGCCAUUUGGUGAAUGCUAUAAUGGUGAAUGUAUGCCAUUUGGCGAGAGUUGUGGUAUAUAAACCAUUGAAGAGCGGGACUUGUAUGAAAAUAUGUAUGUGACUAAAUGUAAUGUCAACAUUAAAAUUCUACUGUAAAGAAAUGUAUUUACAUUUUUAUCCCCUUUUUUGAUCUUGUAUCAUCACUGCAACUCCCCAACGUGCUCGGUAGGCGAAGGUCGAGUCAUGCGUCCUUCGAAACAUGACCCUGACAAACCGCGCUUCUUAACACCCGCCCGCUUAACCUGGAAGCCAGCCGCACCAAUGUGUCGGAGGAAACACUGUUCAACUGACAACCAAGGUCAGCUUGCAGGCACCUGGCCCACCACAAGGAGUCGCUAGAGCAAGAUGAGCCAAGUAAAUCCCCCCCCCCGGCCAAACCCUCCCCUAACCUGGACGACACUGGGAGAAUUGACACAGCCCGGGAACGAACCCGGUUCUGUAGUGACACCUCUAGCUUUGCGAUGCAGUGCCUUUGACCGCUGCGACACUCGGGUGGCCCAAGAACAUUUUAUUUUAAUGACCAUUUUAAUUCAAUUUUACACUGAAUCUUUCCAUUGGACGAAAUUAUCAACAGCUGCCUGUACAUGUUCAAAUUGACCUCAGAGUCAUUCCACCUCAAAAAGCACAAAAAAUAGGAUUUCGACACCCCCAUCAAAUAUUGGUCUGAAAUGUUGUUUCUGUAGUUAGAAACAGAUUAGAUAAGCAGUCUUGCAACAUUAUUUUGUUGAAAUAUCAUUUGAGCUGAUUGAUUGCACCCAAAUUGGCAAUUUUAAUUUGUUGGAUUAAAUAUAAUAUUCAGUUAAUAUAGUACCCAACAUCUUUUUAACAAUGAUUAAGACAUGAGGAUUUCAAACCCCCCAAACCUCACACCAAGCCCACCCCAACAGCCAGUAUACAGUAUCAGUUCUCUAUGUUUGACAAGUAGUAUGAAGCUGUGGCUUGCAGUAUUGUUUAUUCAUACUAUGUAAUGUAUUCAUGGUAAAUUUGGUGAUGGUUUCUUUCCCUGUUUAGAGAAAUUAGCCAUUGAUGUUGCUUGUGUUCUCCCCUCCAUAAAUUAGUGUAAAAGUACCAGGUUUUGCCCACUAGAGGCCACUGCUCCUGCUAUUGCCACACCCUUUUAUCAAAUGUUCUGCAUUUAUUAAUUGGAUCACAACGUGUGCUUUGCCGCUUUGGGUAGAAAACCAAUAGCUUUUGCUCAUGAUAAUUUUUUUUCUUCUCAAAAUUCAAGCUAGUCCUCCAUGAAAGCAAUUCAGUUUGUACUUCUCUUAGACUUGAUAUGUGUCAAGGAAAUGGCCCCUGUGUGUGUGUGGUUUAUUUCCUUCAAAAAAGGUCUGGAUUAGUUAGUGGUGAACAAGUAAACCAUUAGGCUACAGCAGAUCUAGUUUCAAUGUUAUGUUCUCUAAGGGUCUAACUGAUCCAGACAAAACAUAUAGAGAUGUUUUCUAAUAAUUUUAUUGAAACAUAACCAUGCAAUAGUUUAUAAUUUUUUAAUUGUAUUAGGGUUGUCACAUUUUAGUCAUUAGCCCAUUUCUCCAUCAAAUUGUUGGGCUUCAUAUGAUAAUUGCACCAUAGGGAUAGCCCUCUCAGCGAGCUGGCAGUUGUUGGACUAUUCAAAGAGAGUUGGGCUGAUGCAUUAGGUUGCUAAGAGAAGUAAACAUUUCAUUUAUUUCAUGGAAGACUAGCUGGACUUGUGAGGAUGACCACACAAUUUAUUUUCAACAUGAGCAAAAUCUAUUGGUUUUCUACCAAAAGUUGCAAAGAAAAUAUUGUGAUCCAUUUGAUAAACACAAGAGACCAGCAAAAUUGAUAAAUAUGUGUGACAGAAGUAGGAACAGUGGCAUCUAGUGGGAAAAAGCUGGUACUUUCACACUUAUUUAUGAGGGGAAAUGCAAGCUACUUCAAUGGCUAAUUUCUCUGAACAGGGUGGUAAAUACACAAAAUUCGCUGAGAAUACAUUACAUAAUAUGAAUAAACAUUACUUAAUGUUGCAGCUUCAUACUACUUGUCAAACAUAGAGAACUGAUACUGUAUACUGGCCAUUGGGUGGGCUUGGUGUGGGGUUUGAUGUGGGGUUUGGUGGGUCCGUGGGUUGCUUUUGACCAUUUAUUUGGAUCCCUCAUGUCUUAAUCAUUGUUAAGAAUAUAUUUGGUACAAAUCUGAUGUUAGGUACUAUAUAUAUUGAAUGUUAUAUGAAUCCUAUAUAUUUAAAAUUGCCAAUUUGGGUUAAAUCAAUUAGCUUAAUUUCUCAGUUUAAAUUGUCUUUGAAAAGAAAUGAUGUUGCAGAAAUGCUUAUCUUCUCUGUUUCUAACUACAGAAACCAUUCCAGAACAAUCUGAGAUGGUGGGUGUCAUGGCAUGCUGAAAUGAAAUGACUCCCUCAGUAAGAGUGAAGAAUUUACAUUUUAAUAAGUUAUUACUGAAUUAUCCUGUUUUACCUUUGUUUUACGAAGAGCCUGAAAUUCUACAUGAUAUUCAUUUUGAGACUGCUUUAGGCAAGUGAAAUAUUGUUUGCAACUUUACUUUGAGCAUGCACUUGGUGUCUGCCUGUGUAACACGUUCUGUGAUGUUCUGUACAGAGAGCAUGGUUUUGUAGUAAGUACUAGAGAUUUUGAUCCAGCUGUAAAUAUAUAUUACUUAUAUAGUUGUCGUGCUGUCUGUCUUGUUUCAUGGCUAAUGAACCAUUGUGUCAAAAAUAAAGCAGAGCUUUUAUUGUUUUUA